AAAAUUUCAUCUACAUCCGGAAUACGAGCGGCCAGUCGGCGUGUGGUCGCUGUAAGCCUCCUCCAUGUAAACGGAACCAACUCUGAUUAUACACGUUCUUUAAAAAUCCGUAUACAAUGCGUGUUUAAUACAAAUGUGUACAUUUAUAUAUAAUAUAAUAACUGAGCGUUUCCGGAAACAUUAGGCGAUGCGUUAUGUUCCGUUAGCCAGCUGAGCUUCAUGCUAGCCGCUAGCUGUCAGGGCUCUUUCUGACUGUUGAGGUUAUUUAUAAAUCAUAAAGUAGCAUGAAUGAGAGCGACUGCGUACAAUCGGAGGCCACCGCUAGGAAAGAAAUGCACAUGUCCAUCUCCGGGAACAAAAGCGGGAGUGUAAACAGUUCCCCUCCGGAGGGAGACACUGUGUUUGACAUGGACGACCAGGAUGAGGAAGAGGAGAGCGAUGCGCUGGACUCAGCUGAGGCGAGAGAGAGCGCACCGAGCCCGGCAGAGCCGUGCGACGAGAGCGCGCCGAAGCGCUGCGUGUAUGACGGAUGCUCCGAAACCAGCGCGCUGGGUUCCAAGCAGAGAAAGCCAUGGAUGUGUAAAAAACACCGCAACAAAAUGUACAAGGACAAGUACAAGAAGAAGAAGAGCGACCAGGCCAUUGCGUCGGGGAAAUUAGAAGAGGGCUCGGAGGAGAGGCCGGUGUCUGUGACUAAGCAACGACUUGGCGCUGUCGGAGAGAGACCCACAAGACCUUCACUCAUAGAGCAAGUGUUAAACCAAAAGAGGCUGUCUCUCUUGCGGAGCCCAGAGGUCAUCAGUUUCCUCCAGCAGCAGCAGCAUCUCCUCACCAUGCAGACACGAUCUCAAAGACAUGACCAGCAAAGCUACUGAGCACUGUGUGUACCGUUAUGUCACUGCGGAUUUAACAUACCAUACAAGUACUUCAGGAGAAGCUCCAUAAGCCUAAGAAAGCAUAAACAAUUUGGACUCUGAUGUUACACUGCAAAACACCACAAGUCUCCACUGUGGUGACAUCACACACGUCAUUACAACCUGGAUCAUUUUCAGUAGCAGUUCUACUGUAUAUAAAAUCAUUUUUAAACUACUUGGGUUUUUAUCAUAUGCUGGGUUUUUUAUGCACCACUAUGCAUUUUAAAUUUAAAACAGUUGUGUGAAAGCAGCAACAUACCAGCAGGUGAUUUUUAACACUAGUGAUUUGUGUGCUCAUAGAUAUGUAUUUAUUUUAACCAUUUAAUUAUUGUGAUAUGAUGAAUGCCUGUAUAUGAAGCAGUGUACAUGCAUCCUUAUUGUAAGUAUGUGAUUAGGCAAGUAUGAUUUACAGGUAAAAAACUACUGGAAACCCGGUUUGAGGUUUUAUGACUCUAAGCAUCAAAUAUAUUAGAAUAAUUGAUAAUUUGAUAUUUUAAGUUGAUUUGAUUUUAGUUUUGUAUUUGUAUCAGGAUUUGUUUUAUUUGCAAUAUUAUUUGAAUCUCAAGCAAAUUACCCUAAGACGAGAGUGAAAUUCUGUAUUUAAAAAAAAAAAAUCAAGCAUGUAAUAGGGUUCAAUAUUUACUCAUAUUUUCAACACAAAAACAAACAUCAAGCUAACAUUGCUAGUCCUGAUGAUUUGCCUUUACUUGUUCCUCAAUUCUCAAUCACUGUGUUGCUGUAUGGACUGUACAGAAAUCAGAUUAUGGAAAAGUGAUUCUGAUUUAAAAAAAAAAAAAGAAAAUUAAAGUACACAGAAACAAUUGUAAAA